UAGGGCUUCCUCCCCUCGUCGGCUUGUAAGACUUGCUUAGGGCGGGAUUCACCUUCCCCUGCUACCUAUGACGUAAGUGAGACUGAGUAGGAUGUCUGGUAGAAUCAAGUCCCUUACUAUCAAGCCCUGUACCAUGGUGGUAUGGUCUACAUUCGCUUUAAAGUUUCGCGCUAUCACUCCUCCUCCAUCUGCAUUUGGUAUUUUCCAUAUCCAUGACACGCGAUUUAGGUUGUUGGUAAUCCAUGAGUAAAUGCCCAUAUUACCGCCUGGGUCCGGGUUUGACCUUUUCUGUCAUAUCAUCCUGGUAGUAUACAUUGCCAUAUUUAUCUUCCUCAACGCCAACCACGUUCGAAAUCUUAUCUUAGCUGUGGCCGACAUGAUGGAUCCGCAGACACCUAGGAAACUAUUCAAGCCUUCGAGUAAAACGAAGACGUCAACUCCCUCAAAAAAACAAAGACCAACUACAUCCGCUCACUCAAGCGUUCAAUCCCGGGAAGUCCUGACUCCGACAGAGACAGUUAGUCGAAGCACGACUGCGCUUAGUGGCGCGUCAGAGGUUAUAGCGAGUACUGUAGAUAAUUUGAGAGGGGAAAAGGACGCUUCGUCCGAAGCGAAUAACCUUGUUAAGAGUAUUGGCGGGAAGCCUCGAGAAAUCCUCCGUUCUUCGAGUAACGAUCUCCCCGAACCCUCGGAUCCUACAGACGCCCCAAAUUCACCGACAGACGUUGCUAGAUAUUUCGCCGAACAGGGAAAUUUAGAAAUGAGUACCUUCGUAUCCGCGCUCGCUGGCAGGACUUCGCACGACCAGACAGAAGUGGCUAGUAAUGGCGCUGGAACACCGAGAGCUAACACUAAUACGGGGGAUCACGGCGACAACUUAGUUGAUGCGGUAUCUGAGUCGAUGAAACAAUUGCCUAAUGAUGAUGCUUUGAUCGUUUCUCCGAACGAGCGAACAAAAGAAAUGCUCGAAAAAAUAGCUAGCGACACAACGAACAAGACACCUGAUUUUGCGAGUUUAACUGGGGGAGAAAGUAAAGACGAUGACAUAAUUGACGAACAUUCGCCGAAGGUAUCUGAUACUGAGAAGCUAAGUCAAGAAAAUAACAUUAUCAACAAAAUACCGGAUCAUCAUCGACCUGCAGAUGUUUUUAAAGAGGCCGAAGGAGUUAUAAGUAGUCCGGAAGGGCUGGUAUCUGAUGCUACGCCAAUUAAUACUAUCGGCGAACCUAACACGGGUAUUCUUUCAGAGGAAGCACAUAUUAGGGUAUCGAGGGGAGAGCCCGAACCAGGUAUUUCGGCUCAUGGUACUACGGACAGCAUUAAACAAGAUCCAGCUUCUAGCACUUUGGGGGUGUUAGAUGAUGAUACGCGGGUUGCAGAUAACAUGGGCCAGCCGGCGCAUAUUGAACGAAGAAUUGAGAUCCCACUCCCUCGCCCUGAAAAGAUUGUUGGCAGCCCAUCUGAAGAGGCAAAGCCGGAAGCAAAUAAUAUAUCCGUUGGCCUCGGCGAUCCCGAUGACCUGCCUGAUGUCCAAGGUUUACCAGGUGCAGACGAUUUACAAGAUCCGCCAGAAGAAGUCCUGGACCCUUCCGUGCACUCUCCAUCUUCUAAUGUUACCCCUAUUCCGAAGAUCCCAAAGAUUACACCCAUUGACAUGGCGCCGCCUCCUGAUCUACUCCGCCUCGCACAUGGCCUUGGCGGCGGUGUUGUCGACGAUGUCGGUAGCAUUGUAGACGCGUCAGGAAAGGUACUCGGCCACGCGACGGGAGACCUCCCUGCUAUGGUAGGUAGAAAGGUUGCAGACAACGGCGAAGUCUACGGAGAAAGCGGAGAAGUCAUUGGAUACGUUUCUGAUAAUUUCACUAGCCCACCGCCACCUGUUGAUAUCCCCGAAAACGUGCUCGGGGGGUUGAAGAUAGAUCAUGAUGGCAAUAUCCUCGACACAAAUGGUAACAUAAUCGGUCGCUUCAAUGAGAAGGCCGGGGAGAAUGUCAAUUUAGCGCCUUUUAUGAAACGGUCCAAGCCAAACGAAUCCCGGGCCGAGGAUAGGAAACCUGAUGAGGAAAAGCCGAAAGUCAAUGCUCAUACAGGAGGAAGCCCUUCAGACAUCUUCCUAGAUGUGAAGUCUACGACUGACGGUAUUCAACUUACAAUUCGCAUCCCUACGACAUUUGGAAGGCAGUCACAAGAUUCAUAGGCACAUGGACAUCUCAUGAUUUGGGGUUGUAUGUCUUUAAUUACGGUCAAUGGCGCAUCAAACAAGGUCCCGUAACAUGUGGUAAAUGUUAAUGAGCUUAUAAUCUCGAAUUUUCCUUUGCCGUACAGGUACUGGUACGUCUGAGUAGUGAUAUUUGCUUCAUAUCAGAGAAUUGAAAAUCUCGAUACGAGCAACAUAUUUACGAAAUUAAUAGAUACCUUAGGUAGCCAGCCGUCUUCAGAAAGCAUAUACCAUGUAUAAGAGAUGUGAGCAAUCUAACUCUUGAUGACAUAUCGGCCGAGAGAACGCAUACGCCACUGCAUUACGCUGCUAAUGACGUCUAUCUGAUGGCGACCCAUGUCUAAUGUGGCUUGCUAAACUGCAAUAAAAACAGGUUGAGGCGAAUAGCACCGUGCUCAUCCCGCAUCGGAACUUGAGUUGGUGAUUGGCCACCCUUUUGGUACAGAUUAGCAAAUAGAAAAGCCGGAUCUAGUUCAACAUGACCAUGUGAGUCCACUUUCAGCUUUGAAGUAUCCAGUGCUGCUUAAUAUCUACUUAAAAGUAUGAUACAGGAUUAAUCAAGCGGCACUGGACUUAUCCUAACCUGACCCAGCCACUUAACCUUUAAAAGUGAUAGGGGAGUGUUAAUGUGGCUUCCGUAGCUAAGACGAGGGCCACCAUCAUC